UAAUUGGAUUUUUAUUUUCUAGUGGAGUACCCACCAUUAUUAUUUAUUGCUGUAAAACAAUAAACACUUCAAAUUCCUCUGUUUUUACAGUUUGAAGAAUCCAUCUGUUUACUUUAUUCAAGGUCGUGUAUUUUGAGUUUGGUGCAAUAUGGAUUCAGGCGAUGGGUCCUCUAUUCCAAGGAAGAGGACUAGACAACAAUUUUUAAAAUAUUGUCUCGAGUUUAUUGAGGAGAGGAACAAGUCGACUGAAGAUGGUAACACUAGGAGGAAAACAACUAAGUUGGAAGAAAAAAACACAUGUAUUGUGGGAGGUGAGAAGCCAAAAACGGGUAAAAAGAAGGUGGACAGUGGUAAGAGGAACAAGUCGACUCAAAAUGGUAACACUAGGAGGAAAAUAAUUAAGUUUGAAGAAAAAAACACAUGUUCUGGGGGAGGUGAGAAGUCAAAAAUGGGAAAAAAGGUGGAUAGUGGUAAGAAGAAGUUCACUUGUGAGUCCAUCCAGGAAAUAUCUGAUUCUGAUGAUGAUGUUGUUAUUAUUGGAGAUGGCUCUGCAGACUCUAGUGGUUCAGGAUCUUCGUCCAAUGUUGGGUUAAGGGCAAUAGAGGAUGUUAGUUCAUCAGAGGAGCCCAUUGAUGUUGAGAAAUUGAAAGACUUUGUUGAUCCUUUAAAAUCACAACAAGAUGAGUUUACUGAAUCUGAAGCUUCAAGUGACGAGGACAAGUAAUAACAAGUUAGAAAAAAGGUGAUAAGGAGGUUGAGUUUGUUGUUCUACCAUGGUGUUGGCUUUCCGCCAAAUUAAGUCCCAACUUUUGUGAGCUCUCUCUUGCCUGUUUUUUGGUCUACCUACCUAUUUCUCUACAUUAUGGUUCAACUCGGAUUAAUUAAUACUUGGGUCUUGUAGUAUUUUCAUUUUCAUCAUCACAAACAAUAUUGUAAUACAGCGCCUAGU